UACAAAAAAAAAAAAGCAAAAAUGAAAACUCCCAGACACAGGCAGUCGCAAAGUGUGUACAGUGCUCUAAGAUGGGACACCUGGUGGUUUCUGAGUUUUCACAGUCACACAGGGUGACACCAGCUGCGCUGAGAUGACACACAGCCUGGAGAAGGUCCCAGGAGAGGGGACAAGAGAAGCAAGCUGCCUCUGCUCCUCCCCGAGACUAGACAGCCGUGAAGGGAGUGAAGGGAGCAGCUGGCAGGACAGCUGGGCAGGGACAGCUGUCGGGACAGCGGUGGCCGGGGUAGGGGAGGCGCAGCCACAGGCAGGGGGUCAGGGAGCAGGGCAGCUGCCUCCCUUCCGGCGUUCACGCCGCCGUCUACUGAGGACCCCGCCCCUUCCGGCGGUGCCAGCGCGAGAUCUUGCUCCUUCCUUGCUAACCAGGAUCUCAGAAAGGCACUGGUGGGAUGGCCAGGCUCCUUCAUCCAGAGGUCACCAGGAGGUGGAGCAGCGAGGACCAAGCCAGGUCUCCUGGCACCACGCAAGAUGCAGUGGUUCUCACGCUGAAACUGGAAGAGCAAGACGGCCCUUGAGUGGCAGGCGGCUCGGCCAAUCAGGACAGGCCUUCAGGGGGGCGGUUGGGCAGCAGCGGCAGCUGGCAGCUGGCUGGGGUCCGGGACUAAGUCUCUCCCCUGCAGGUGUGGACGCGCCGGGCCGAGGAGACCCUGACGCUGGCUUUCUGGGGCCUGGGCUGUGUCCCAGCCCUGCCUUCCCUGGCCCGGGGGACGCGCCUCAGCCUGUCCUCACUGGGAGAAGUAAGGACUCAGCAAAGUGCAGCCUGCAGGCCAAACCCACCCUUGCCUGUGUCUCCCGCCCAUCACAUUACCUCCUCCAGGAGACCCCUCCUCCAGCCAGUCACCCUCAUCCUGGACCCCAGGACACACGUUGGUGAGGGGCUUCCUUCUGGUAGCACUGGCUCUGGGAGCAGCCCCCACAGCAGGCUCCAGCGAGAGACUGACUGCCCGGGUUCGAAUGCAGGUCUGUCACCUCCAAGCUGCGUGAUCUUGGGCGCAUGACUGAACCCCUCUGAACCCCACUCUACCCCUCUGUGAAAUGAGGAAGAUAGAACCUAUUAUUCAGAUGUUUCCAGACACUAAAUUACAAAACGUGGGUAAAACGCCUGGCGUAUGAUCAGCUGUCAGCAAACGGCAGUUACUGUAACUCAUCCUGCUCUAAAGUAAUUUCUACUUGUUCAUUGCCCACUGCACUGUGAUGUCUGGAGAGGGAAGGCGACAUGUUCCUCAUGAGGACAAAGUAGGUGCUCGAAAAAUGCUGCUGAAUGAAAAAUGAACAGGUAGGGGCCGGGGAUUUAGCUCAGUGGCUAUGGGCCUGCCUUGAAGCGCAAGGUCCUGAGUUCAGUCCCCGGUGCCACACACACACCACACACACACACAAAGAACUGGGUAGAUAAAUGGUGGAAUGGAUGAAUAGAUGGUGAGGUGUGACAGGAUGGAUAGAUAUAUGGGGAGAUAGAUGGAUGGGUCAAU